GGGCGCGGGAGAGCGCGCUUUGCCUGAGCCGGCCCGGGAGCGGCCGCGUAGAGUGUGGGGCGGCGGCGCGAUGGCUCCGGCUGGGGACCGCGAAGGCUACUGGGGCCCCACGACCUCCACCUUGGACUGGUGUGAGGAGAACUAUGCGGUGACCCUGUUCAUCGCUGAGUUCUGGAAUACAGUGAGUAACCUGAUUAUGAUCAUACCUCCAAUUUUUGGUGCAAUUCAGAGCAUUAGAGAUGGACUGGAAAAACGGUAUAUUGCUGCUUACUUAGCACUCACAGUGGUAGGGAUGGGAUCCUGGUGUUUCCACAUGACUCUGAAAUAUGAAAUGCAGCUAUUGGAUGAGCUCCCCAUGAUUUACAGCUGCUGCAUAUUUGUGUACUGCAUGUUUGAAUGUUUCAAGACAAAGAGCUCAAUAAACUACCAUCUGCUUUUUACCCUAGCUCUAUUCAGUUUAAUAGUAACCACGAUUUACCUAAAAGUGAAAGAGCCUAUAUUCCAUCAGGUCAUGUAUGGAAUGUUGGUCUUUACAUUAGUACUUCGUUCUAUUUAUAUUGUCACAUGGGUUUAUCCAUGGCUUAGAGGACUAGGUUAUACAUCCUUGACUAUCUUUUUAUUGGGAUUUUUAUUGUGGAAUGUAGAUAACAUCUUUUGUGAUUCACUAAGGAACUUUCGAAAGAGAGCGCCCCCUGUCCUAGGUGUUACAACACAGUUUCAUGCAUGGUGGCAUAUUUUAACUGGCCUGGGUUCUUAUCUUCACAUCCUUUUCAGUUUAUAUACAAGAACACUUUACCUGAAAUGCAGGCCAAAAGUGAAGUUUCUCUUUGGGAUCUGGCCAGUGGUCAUGUUUGAACCUCAGAGGAAACACUGAUGAAUUAUUCCACCAAGAAAACAAAAAGCACCCAUCGUCGUUCUGCCAAGAUGGUCAAGAAGGUCCCAAAGACUUGCACAUUCAAAGAUGCCAUGCCCAUCACAAGAAAUGAAUGACUCAGCCACACAGAGAAUGAGCAAUCAGUCUGUUGGGUGGUCAGCUCCUGGCUUUAUCUCAUUUGUCCUCGACCUAAGAUGCUUACAGAGAAACAGAUGGGGUGUAUAUUUAUAUUCUGGAAUGGUGGGAAAGUUGGGCUUUUUUUAACAGGUUAACAGUUUGUGCUGGUCAUCCAUGGAAAAAUUAAUAUUUUUUAUUUUCUUUUUUUAUAAGAGUUGCAUGUUAAUUAUACCUUUCUUAAUUUUUGAUUAAAUAUUGAACAAAGUCAUUAAGGACUAGCAAAAUCCCAUAUCCAGAUGGUUGACUCUGAGCCAGCACUUAGCUGUGUCAGCUUUGAUUUAUAUUAUUAUAUUAACCUCACAGAUGGUUUUCCAUUAUUAAAAAGAAAAAAAAAAAGACCUGGCUGUGGCAUUCUAGGUAGCUCCUUACUAUCUGCCUUGGUGCUAGCUGGAGUGCUGUAAGCAAACUCUGACCUGCCAGUGACUGGGCUCUGUUGUCACCUCCAAUAAUUUGUCUCAGACUCUGUGGGCCACAGCCAGUCAAAGGGGUGGGUCAUCUAUCAUCCCUCCAGAAGCUCUUCCGGAAGCACAUGUGCAAUGUAGUCCCUUUCACCAGUUAAAGUCUGUUUUGCUUUCUUUAAUCUUCAAGUUAUUAUUAUUUUUGUGUCUAGCAAAUUUAACUGGUGGUCUGGCCUACCCAUAUUCUGUAUGCCAGCAUAGUUUAAGUGAAGUUAUUUGGGAAAGUUGUACAUUUUUUACUUUUUGCAUUAUAUAGUAUUUUCCAGUUCUCAGAGAAGUCAUGGCUAUACCCAGACACAUAUGUCAGGUUAACUACUAGUAAAAUGGUCAGAACUGUUUUGCAUAAGGCUUAUUAAAAUAUUUGCUCCUUAAUUUUUUGAGGAGAAGAAAUACAAGUGUUGAAACAGUACUGACUUGUAACUUUUACAGCAUCUAGAACUUAGAAAACUAAGUAAUAGCAGUAAAAUCUCAUUGUGAGGCAGAUAGUUCUAAUUUGGAUUUGAAUGUAUAAGAAAUUGAAUUGAUUGUCACAAACAGUAAAUGAAGGAUCAUAUAUCUAUUGAUUGUAUCCUGAGAUGUGGCUUCAAAAGAAAAGUAGGGGUUUUUUUUCUCAUGCAAAACUGAUUAAAAACAAACAACUUUCCCAUUUUUCCAAUAUUCAUUAACUAGCCUUAGCCUGGCAGAGUGAUAAUGCACACCUUUAAUCCCAGCAUUCAAAAGGCAGAGGUAGGCAGAUCUCUGUGCAUUUAAGGCCAGCCUGGUCUACAUAGUUCCAGGCCAAACAGGGAUACAUAGUGAAACUGUGUCUCAAAAACAAAAACAAAACAGUGUUUGGUUCAUUAGGUAGUCUUGCUACAUUUUUAAAACCAAAAAUGUUUCCCAGAUGGCCAUUAAACAAACACACCUUUUAUAAAAGCAAGACAUGCCAAAACAUAAAUCUUAGAGAACCUCAGUUGUGCUUUCACUGUUAGCAUGGGUCAGAGUCCAGAGUGCACCCCACUGAGAUGCCCAGGUUCCUGUGUUCUAGAACAAGAGUUGGACCAGAGACACAUGGGUAGUGAUGGAAAUAGAAAUCUUUUACUAGGAAAAAAGAUAAAUAUUACCCAGAAUGGGAGUGGGCCCAAAGACUGGCAAAGAAAGUUCUAAGACCAAAAGGCCCUUGGCCAAGAGAGUCUCUAUCUUUUAUAGCACAUUUACAUAGCCUCCAUCUUUUCUGGCAAUUAGAGAAGGUAGGGCUUUUUUUUAAAGCAUGCUCUUUUGUUAUGCAUAGACCUCAGUUGGAGGGGUUUCCAGUAUUCCUUUGGGAUUGUUUUUUGUUUGUUUGCCUCUAGAACUUCCUAUUCGCCUACCUCACUUUACUCCAUCCUCAGAGCUGUGGUCUUAAAAAUCUGAGGAUGAUAAUCUAUUUUAUACAAUUUCCUUGCUGAUGAGGAGUGUAGUCCUUGCCAAAGAGAGACUACAAAGCUCUCUUCCUAUUGUAUCUAUUGGUUGGAAAGGAGGCUUUGGAGUUUUUGUUGUGGGAGUUGACUUGAAUCCCUAUAUCAUAAUGAGUUAAGUUUGAAACUGUCAUAUCCUAGAAGACACAGAUUUUACAGGAUCAAAAAAAGAUGCAAGAAUUUGGACUGGAGAAAUGGUUUAGCAGUUAAGAGCACUAAUUGCUCUUGCAGGGGACCUGGGUCUGAUUCUCAGCAUCCACAUGGCAGCUCACAACCAUCCAUAAUUGCAAUUCCUAAGGAUCUAACGACCUCUUUUGGCAUUUGCAUGCACCAGACACACAUGUGAUACACAUACAUAUCUGCAAGCAAAACAUCCGUACACUUAAAUAAAUCUUAAACAAGUUGUCAAUGCAAGAAUAAUAUGAUUAUGCCAACCAGUGGCCCCAUAAAGGACCAGAGUCAAGAAAACCAAAAGCUGUGCAAUUGUUCUGGAUAUGGUCCUUUAGACUGCUAAAACAAAUUAACAAACAAACAAAUAAAACCAUAUAUACAAACAAAAAAAUCCCAACCGAUGGUUAUACAUUAAGAUCAUGGCAAAAUACAACAGAACAAUUUUUAGGAAAAAAUCCAAUAGUAGAAUAUGUUAAGGGGAAGAUAUUAUAGAGUUGUAACCAUUGAGUACCAACAGUGCCAAAAGAAAAAGAAUGAAAAAAAAACAAAACAAGGUUAUAAUUACUGACAGAUUUAUAGUAGAGUUUAUCUUUGCCUUUAAGAAGUUAAAGCAUCCUGUUUGUUGUCUGAAGAGAUCUUUAAGUCCUUCAGCCUUUUAAUAGCUUAUAGGUGUAGGGUCCUUGUGUUCUUGAAGCUGCGGAGACUUGGGUCUUAUGGACACUGGUGCCACUCCCUUACAAUGACCUCUACAGGCUGUAUCUUGUCUCCAAACAUCUAGUGCCCUUCUUUAACCAGCUUUAAUACCCUGUCAGAUAUAGUAUAUUAUCUCUGUCCAGGAUCUCCAGAGAAAUACGAUUUUAGCAAUGCAGAGUUGUAACCAAAAUAAGGGAGACUUUCCUUUUUUGGUAAGACUUAAUAUGUCCUUUUUAUUACAUACAGAGUAAGUAUACCCAGUCUAAUGUUACUGCUUGAUGGUAUUGUAACUCCUAUAAUUUUCAUUAUGGAAAGGAAGUUCAACUUAAAGAUCUUUGGCAAACAUAUCCAUCAUUCUAGAUGUAUCUCAACCAUUCCAGAAAUCUUACAUCCAUCACUUGUAUACUAAGAGCACUCUUAUAAAAGGGAUCAGUCCAACAGAAGAAUUCUUAACACAGCAUCUGGAGAAUGGGAUCAACACAAAGCAUUUUGAUGCUGUUUUAUUUUUGUUACCCUUGACUUUAAAAAAAAAUGAAAUAAAAUUUUAAUCUUUUCCAGAA